AUGUACAAGAAGAACCCAUCUACAUCAGAUGGGACGCGUCAGGGGCUGGAGAGCAUGAGAGGAGGAGUUUGCGCUACACAGGGCAUGAAGGUGGUGCUGAAAGUGGGACAGAGUCCAUAUGGUCUGCCGGCCAAAUCUCCCAAACCUGACCCCGCGGACCGUAUCAACAGCCUGAAUCCAGGUGCUGGAAACAACACACAUCCCAGAAUUCCCCCUAGAGGUCCUGGUGGAGAAAACGGCCCCCUUCCCCCCUCCAACAUCGCUGUUAUCGCAGGUGCAGCUGGCGGUUCGGCUUUCCUACUGCUCGUAACAGCCGUGAUCUGCGUGGUGUGCUAUCGACGACGACACGCCAAGCACUCGGAAUCGCACCACCCUCCACUCUCCCUCUCCUCCCUGACCUCGCCCAAACGGGGCUGCGGCGGGGGCAUAGGAGGCGGCAACAACAACGGCUCGGAGCCUAGCGACAUCAUCGUUAUAAGCAAGAAAAACUUGAAUUUUUGA